AUGUCUCCGUCUCUCUCUGAACCGUCGUGUCUCCGUCUCUCUCUCUCUGAACCCGUCGUGUCUCCGUCUCUCUCUCUGAACCGUCGUCCUUCGUGUCUCCGUCUCUCUCUCUCUGAACCGUCGUGUCUCCCGUCUCUCUCUCUCUCUCUGAACCGUCGUGUCUCCGUCUCUCUCUCUCUCUCUCUGAACCGUCGUCUCGUGUCUCCGUCUCUCUCUCUCUCUUUCUACUAUCAUGUCUCCGUCUCUCUCUCUCUCGCUCUUUCUACUCUCUCCGUCUCUCCCUCUCUCUCUCUUUCUACUGUCUCCGUCUCUCCCUCUCUCUCUCUCUCGCACAUGUCUCCGUCUCUCUCUCUCUCUCUCUUCUACUGUCUCCGUCUCUCCCUCUCUCUCUCUCUUUCUACUGUCUCCCUCUCUCUCCUCUUUCUCUCUCUUUCUCUCUCUCUCUUUCUACUCUCCGUCUCUCUCUCUCUUUCUACUGUCUCCGUCUCUCUCUCUUUCUACUGUCGUGUCUCCGUCUCUCUCUCUCUUUCUGCUGUCUUUCUCCCUCUCUCUCUUUCUCUCGAUCUAAAUCUCUCUCUCUCUCUCUCUCUUUCUGUCUCUCUCGAACUCUCUCUUUCUACUAUGGUCUCUCUCUCUCUCUCUCUACUGUCGUGUCUCCGUCUCUCUCUCUCUUUCUAUGAACUUUCUCCGUCUCUCUCUCUCUUUUCCAUUGUCGUGUCUCUCUCUCUCUCUCUUUCUACUUUCGUAUCUCUCUCUCUCUCUUUCUACUAUGUCUCUCUCUCUCCUCUCCUACUGUCUCGUCUCUCUCUCUUUCUACUGUCGUGUCUCCGUCUCUCUCUCUCUUUCUACUGUCGUGUCUCCGUCUCUCUCUCUCUUUCUACUGUCGUGUCUCUCUCUCUCUCUUUCUACUGUCGUGUCUCUCUCUCUCUCUUUCUCUCUGUCUCUUCUCUCUUAGAAUUUAAACCCUCUCUGUCUCCGUCUCUCUCUCUCUCUUUUUACCGUCGUGUCUCCCGUCUCUCUCUCUCCUUCUAUUUCUCUUUCUUUGACGUGUCUCCGUCUCUCUCUCUCCUUCUACCGUCGUGUCUCCGUCUCUCUCUCCUUCUUCUUCUCCGUGUCUCCAUCCCGUCUCUCUCUCUCCUUCUACCGUCGUCCGUCUCUCUCUCUCCUUCUCUCCAUUUCUCCAUCUCUCUCUCCUUCUCUCUCUCCCGUCUCUCUCCAUCUCUCUCUCUCCAUCUCUCUACCGACAUGUCUCCCAUCUCUCUCUCCAUCUCUCAACUGAUGCCUCCACGUCAGUCUUUCUCUCUCUGUUUCUCACCUGGUUCUUUCUUGUCUGCCUAUGCUUCCCUAACCGUUUCUGUCUGCCAAUACUUAUUCUUUCUCUCUCUCUCUCGCUUCUGUUCAUCAUUCUCCUUCCCAAUAUACUCUCUUUUUCUUUUUCCUUCCCUGAUUGUUUUUAUAUUCACUCUCUUAUCUGCCAUUUUUGCUAUCAAACCGAAUAUCACCUAUAUCUACCCUUUCUUCUCUCUCUCUCCCAUUUUCUUUCUCUCACUACUCUCACUCUCCCCAUUUUAUUUCUCUGAUUCCUUGCUACUUUUCACCAUGUUUCUCUCACUUUAUCCAUCCCUCUUGUCCUCAUCUGUCUUUUGUGUCUCUCUUCACCCUCUCUGUAACUUGAUUAUUUUCUUUCUUUUUGAUCUCACCUCAUUCUCUUUUGUGAUUAUAUUUCUUUGUUUCUUCCUGUUUGGUUCUUUUUAA